AUGUCUUCAGAACAGGAAAAAGCCGAGCUUGACGCCAGGGCAAGAGAGGGUCAGACCGUCAUCCCCGGCGGCACCGGAGGAAAAAGCCUCGACGCUCAGGAACGCCUUGCUGAAGGGAGGAGCAAAGGGGGGCAGACGAGGAGGGAGCAGCUGGGGAGCGAGGGAUACCAGGAGAUGGGUCGCAAGGGGGGACUGAGUACUACCGACAAGCCCGGGGGAGAGCGGGCGGAGGAGGAAGGAAUUGAAAUCGACGAAUCCAAGUUCAAGACUAAAAGCUGA